GCCAACGCGUUUUUUUUUUUGGCCUGCACUUUGAACCCCGAGGUUUCGUGCGAAUAAAGAUACGGAUUUGAGUGCGCCUGUCCGCAUUCCCGCUCGUCCCGCUCCGCCAUCCAAUCGCCGCCCAUCGCAUUUUCGGUUCAGAAUCCCGCGGACCUUGCUGCCGUGCACAUCGCAUCGCAUUUCCACAGCUGCGUUUUUCAGUAUUUUCGUUCGCUCUCUCUCUCUCUCUCUGCGGUUUUUUAAGAGCGCUCCAUUCCGCUCUCCCUCGCGCGCGCUCCUCUCUAACGGUUCCAUUGAUAAGCAGCGCCAUCCGCAGCCCCUGCCCCGCCCCCUGGCGCACAUAUACCGCCCCUCGCAUUUCGGAAAGUGCAAACCAAAGCAAAGCAAAAGCAAAAGCGAAUCAAUCAAUUAAGAUAGUACGCCGAAUAGUGCAGUGCGUGUGUUAAUUAAUUUUGGUUGCCAUUUCGCACAUUCUGUGUUUAUUAAUUGGCAGUGCAUAGUUUCCGGCGGAAAAAGGCAACUUUCCGUUCAUUUUCGAGCUUCCGUUUGUCGGCCAAUUAGCAGCAGGUCGACAAAGUUAAAAACAACAACAAGCGCAAAGGAUAAGCCAACAUGACGCACUGGGAGGACUUCUACAACACGCACCUGCCCCCCGCGGACUUCGAGGACAAUCGCUCCCUGCUCAAGGAGUUCUGCGAACGGCACAACAAGCUCCAGAAUCGCAUCGUCCUCGUCACGUCCGGUGGCACCACAGUUCCCCUGGAGCACAACACUGUGCGGUUUGUGGACAAUUUUAGUGCUGGAACGCGCGGCUCCGCCUCGGCGGAAUACUUCCUCGACCACGACUACGCCGUGAUUUUCAUGCAUCGCCACAAGUCGCUGGAGCCCUUCACGCGCCACUUCACCGGCCAGCAGUUCUUCGAUAUGUUGGACAUUGCGGACAACAGCCAGAGCUCGACGAUAGCCAUCAAGCCGGACUCGGUGGACGUGUUUGCUCCGGUGCUGGCCAAAUACAAGAUAGCCCGCGAAACGCAGAUGAUCCUGUACGUGAACUUCACCAGCGUGGUGGACUACAUGUGGCUGCUCCGCGCCGCCUGCGAGUGCCUGGCCGCCUUCGAGGAGCGGGCCGUGCUCUAUCUAGCCGCAGCCGUAUCCGAUUUCUACAUACCCGAGGACAUGAUGCCCACCCACAAAAUGCAAUCAGGAGAUGGAGCGCCGACGAUUUCGCUGCAGCUGGUGCCAAAAAUGCUGGCCCCCCUCGUCAGCUUGUGGGUCCCGCACGCCUUUGUGGUGUCCUUUAAGCUGGAAACGGACGAGAGCCUAUUGAUUGUGAAGGCACGUGACAGCCUCAACAAAUACAAGCACAAGCUGGUCAUUGCCAAUGUGCUGCAGACACGCAAGCAUCGCGUGGUGUUCGUCACGCCCACAGAUUCCUACGAGCUGCAUUUGACUCGCGAACAGACGCUGCAAGGACUCGAGAUCGAGGAGCCCAUCGUGGCCGAUGUGGUGCAAAAGCACGGCGAGUUCAUCAGCAACGCCCAACAGCGCCAAUGACCGUUGUCGAUGCGCCGGAGGCCACAGACGCAGCAUCAGCAUCACCACCACCAACAACUGGCCACCGGUGACGAGGACGAGGAUGGCGGCGAUCUGGAUCGGGAUCCGUAUUGCGUGACCAGCUCGCAUUAUCGCCGCGUUCUAAACCCGGGCACGCCAGGCUUUGCCCGCAAAUAUUGAGCAGGUUAUAUAGUCCAUAGUGUAUACUGGAAUGUGGAUGACAGACAUUUACAUUCGCUUCAUCCUUGCCCUUUGCCUUUGAGUUCCCGCCACAAUUUAUCUAUCUAUUUAUGGUAGCGCCUCAUAAUUGAGGUGGCACCGCUCCAUUAGUCCAUUCUCCUGUUGUUAUUUUUUCUUUUUGUAUUAGUUAAUGUAUUGGUCUUAUUGUUGUCCUGAGAAAUGAUGUCACUUGUAUGUAUCCGCAAUUCCCUUGGCUCCUUUUCUUAUCUUCCUUUGUUUGCCGGCACGUUUAUGUCAUCGAGUAUACGCAGCGUGUUGCGCAGACAUCAAUAAGCGAUUUUGAUUUAUGUUUGUGACAGAGCUUAUGAUGCUUAUACAUUUAAUGAAGCAUCAAUCCGGCGCACUGGAAUUUAAAUCCCCCACAGCUCGUGUGUUUUGAUAUCCUUAAAUCGGAGUAGCGACAAGCUGCAUGCAAUCGCAAUUUGCCGGACGUUGUGUCCCUGGACAACUGGUGCUGGUGUCAGUGGCAGGCGACGCGACAAUUGAUUUGCUGUUUUGCAUAUAUGGGGUGGAAAAGAGUGGCAGCUUUGCCCGUCUAAUGUCCUUGUCGGUUCAAAUUUAUGGCGGUCCAAGCCUUGGCGCCUGUCUAUCCCAAGCAGGUCAAGUGCCACCGUGCAAAGGUCAGCUUAAAGCAGCUCAAAUUGAGUUUGAAAGCGGCGUAGCGCAACCUAAUUAACAUCCCACACUCACACAGGCACUGAGUUAUUUCUUGGCCAGGCUGAGAUAGACUGGCGCUGGGGCCUGGCUUGCCACAUCCGUAUCCUCAGGGUCCUUUGCGGACGGCCGCCUUUCCACAUUUUUAUUGCAUGUUAUGUCGUUGCCACGCCCGUCGGCCAUAAGCUCCAUGCCGCCCGUCUAAACGGGCCUGUGGUGAAGGGUUGGCGGUGGAUUUGUAUCCUCCUUUCAUGGAGUUGUAACCACUUCCGUCCCGCCCGCAUUUGUGGUUUAAUUUUUCCAGCCGACAACUGUGCAGUGCUUUGUGUGCCCGGCUGUUUUGUUUUCGUUCGUUCUGUGGGCCGGGCAAAAAAUUCACAUUUCUUUGUGACGUCGGCUUUUUGUGGGUUUUGCUGGGCUGGUUGGCCGGGUCUCUGCGUUGUUGGGGCCUGCAUCAAAUUAAAUUUUAUUGCGCUCGCACGCACCGCAAACACCGGCCUGGGAACAGAUACCGAACAGGGGAAACAAUCACACAUGUGGCUUAGGACUUAAGCCAGGCUCCGCAUUUCCUUCGUUUUCACUUUCCUGCUGCUCGGGGUUUUUAUGGCCUCACCUACCUUAGUGUGUGCACCCACAUAUCAAGACACCCCCCAUGUGUACUUCUCCCCGCGUAUAUCGAUUGUGCAUUAAAGUAUAAACAUAAAAAUUCAGUUUGCCAACAUGAGUUGCGUACAAUAAAAUAUGUGUAUAACUAGCCAAGUGUGCGAACAAGAUGGGAGCUGCGGAUGGAUGGUAUUUGCUUUUACUGGCAAAUGGUGGUUUUCUUUCUCUAUGAUUACUAAGAGAAUACUUAAGCAUGCCAACCAUAAAUAAGCUACUUAAAUAACAAAUAAGUUUUCGAACCAUACAUGUAAAUUCGAGAAGAACCUCUCCAUAUCCGUAACUUAGGACUGCAUUUGAUGAACGGUCAGUCCGGAUAAAUUCUUAGUGAAAUUCAAGAUUUAUUAAACCUAAGUACAUGAAGGAAUUUCAAUAAAACAGAAAAUCAAAACUACUCUUCAAGUCAUCUACAUAUAUAAAAUCUAUUCUCUAUACAUCAUACAUGUACUAUAUUAUCCAAUCGGGGAAUAAAACCAAGUGAACCAAUUCGUUAAAGUUUCAAUAUCCAAUUUGGACCAACCGAUAAGAACAAAA